AUGGCUAAAAGUAUAAGAUCUAAAAGAAAAAGAAAAUUGCGUGCAAUUAAAAGAGUUAGAUAUGCGGAAAAAGAAUUGGCUAGGUUAAAACAAACGCUAGGUAUUGUUGAUAAAACUAAGGAAAAAAAAGAUAGCAGCGAAAAUGCAAUGGACGUUGUUGAAGUGCCUGAUGUUCCAAAAGAUGCAAAUUGUACAGUUGAAGGAAAUGUGAUUGAAUUCAGUCUUAAAAAGGAAAAGAAUAAAUCUGAUUCGAAAAAAGAAAAUGAAAGGAUCGGUGUCGUUUUUCCAAGUGAAGCUAUGAAAAUGGAUGUUGUUACGUUAAAUGACAUAAAAAAAUUAGGAGGUUAUCCAAAAUGGAUGAAUCAACGUUACAUUCACAAGAUGUCUAAAAUAAAAAGGCGGAAUAAGAAUAAAAUAAAAAGAAUUCAAAAAUCGAACAAACAUGUUAGAUGUGGAGUUAAAACAUUGCCGGAAAGUUUCAAAAAAAAAAUUGCUGAAGGACCACAGUUGGAUCACUUUUUAGAACAACAAAGUAAAGAUUGGAGCGAUUACACAGGGGACCUUAAAAAAGAAAAAGGAGAAUUGAAAAGAUUAAGGUUACCACCAUGGCUAAAAACGAAAAUUCCAACAGGAGAAAAUUUUUCCAAAUUAAAAACACAAUUGAGAAAUCUUAAUUUACAUACCGUUUGCGAAGAGGCAAGAUGUCCAAAUAUCGGAGAAUGUUGGGGAGGUGGAAAAUAUGGCACAGCCACAGCUACAAUUAUGCUAAUGGGAGAUACUUGUACGAGAGGAUGCAGAUUUUGUUCGGUAAAAACUUCAAGAGCUCCUCCACCUUUAAAUCCACUCGAACCUGUUAACACAGCUUCUGCAAUAGCAGAAUGGGGUUUGGAUUAUGUUGUGUUGACUUCAGUAGAUAGAGAUGAUUUACCCGAUGGUGGUUCCAAUCAUUUUGCAGAAACUGUUAGAGAAAUUAAAAAACGUAAUCCCAACAUCAUUGUGGAAUGUUUAGUACCUGAUUUCAAAGGAAGUAGAAAAGAAGUAGAAACAAUCGUCAAUUCGAAAUUAGAUGUUUUCGCUCAUAAUAUCGAAACGGUCGAAAAGUUGACACCGUACGUGAGAGAUAGAAGAGCCAAAUAUCGUCAAUCUCUCGACGUGUUAUCAUCAGCCAAAGAAUUUAACUCCGAUUUAUUAACAAAGUCAUCGAUAAUGUUAGGUCUGGGAGAAACCGAUGAUGAAGUGAUGGAAACCAUGAAAGAUCUUAGAACUUGCGGAGUGGACUGCCUGACAUUAGGCCAAUACAUGCAGCCCACGAAGAGACAUUUACAGGUCGUGGAAUACGUAACGCCAGAAAAAUUUAAACAUUGGGAACAAGUAGGAAACGAUUUAGGAUUUUUAUAUACUGCUAGUGGUCCAUUAGUUCGCUCUUCGUACAAAGCUGGAGAAUUUUUCAUAUCCAGCAUAAUAAAACAAAGGAAAACGAAUCAAUGA